AAUUAUUCGGAAGCAAGAAAGACUGAAUACAUCCCUCAGCGUACACUCGCUUCUGCUCCGGCUUCAAUCUCUCCAGACAAAGCAAAACUCCUGGACCCAAUCCCGGAAAAAUACUCAAUGGAAACUGGAUCGGCGGGUCUGGCUACGGCUUCUGUCUCCAAGGGUUUUGAUUUCGCUUCCGGAGAUGUCCUUUGCGACUACGCCAAUCGGGAGCGCUCUACCAGGAGCCACUCUGAUCCAGCAAUUGGUUCCAAUUCCGAGAAGGAGUUCCCCAAAAACAAAAUGACAAGAUCGUCUAUGCUGCCAACACUAGCUUACCACCCACCACAGGGUUCAUUGAGUCAAGAUGCUAUUGAUGCUGUUGAGAUGAGUGUGAAGAAGCACACAGACAAUCUGAUGAGGUUCCUUGAGGGAAUUAGUUCACGUCUUUCUCAAUUGGAAUUGUAUUGCUACAAUCUUGAGAAAUCCAUCACAGAAAUUCAUUCUGAUUUGGUUCAUGAUCAUGAAGAUGCAAAUUCCAAACUCAAAUCUUUCGAGAAGCAUCUCCAUGAGGUUCACAGAUCUGUAGAGAUUCUGAUAGAAAAGCAAGAACUUGCAGAAUCUCAAGACGAGCUGGCAAAUCUUCAGUUUGCACGGAAAGAAUCAGCUACAGUUACUAAAAGCAGUUCUCAGCAACAUGAAGAAAGAACACCUCGCCAACAUUCUUCUUGUGAUGCCAAGCAGAGCGAUAACAACUCUCUUGAUUUCAACGGGCAACAACUUUUACUUGCAUCUCCACACCAACAUCAAGCACCAAUAACGCAAAUCCAACACAUCCCACCCCCCGUUUCACCCCAAGCCAUUUCCCCACAUUCACAAGGAUACUAUCUUACCCCACCUUCCCCUCCUAAUCAACAGCUCCUUCAACUGGCUCAAGGUCAAUACAUGCCCACGACCGACUCUCAUUCUCAGAAACAAACUAUCAUGCCACCUCACCCUUCUCUACUAACCCAAUCGAAUCAGACUUCACGUGCUCAAUCAGCACCUCCAUAUCAGCAGCAGUUGUUGCCACAUCAGAAACAUAUUCAACAACCUCAUCAAGUUUCUGAUGCUUAUAUUCCGUAUCCACCCAGUCAACCAACUCCUUCCCCUGAGAUGGUCCCUUAUAACAUUCCCUUCUCUGGAAGUCCCCAAACAUCCCAUAACCAUCCCGAGGGAAUGCUAUAUGGUAGUAGACCAGGUCAGCAGUUGCAGGCUCCAGCUAACCAACAUCUCAAGCCUGCAUUCGGUGGUCCAGGGGAGGGGUAUGGAAUUUCUCAUGUCAUGUACGAAGGUGGUGGUGAAGGAGAAGAAAGGGGACAUCGUCCGCCCCAACAAUCACCGCCUGCCUUCCAACAAGGCAGCUAUCUUCCUCCACAACUACCAUCUGGCAACGCGAAUGUGAUGGUUCGUCACCCACGACAAAUGACGCACAACUUUCUUCACAAGGAGUUGGUCGAGAAAGUGGUGAGCAUGGGUUAUAUGGCCGAUGAAGUCAUUAACGCGAUCCAGAGGCUCGAGGGGAGUGGCCAAGCUGUUGAUUUCAAUGUUGUGCUUGAUCAACUAAAUGGGCCAUCCUCUGGAGGAGGCUCUCAUAAACUAUGGUGAGUAGACACGUGCCUCUACUGUUCUUUCAACGGUGAACUAUAUGAAUGUUAGGAUGUGAUUAAAACUUGAGUGUGACAUAAAAUGAUCUUGAGAUGCACAUUACUGUUUGCCUUGUCAUCUCUUCCCCAGCUUUUGCACUUCAGUUGUAAUAUAUGAAAAUGCUAUUC